AUGAUAAUUAAGAUGAUUUACGUUAUAGUUUAUUAUUUUUUUCAAAAAAGGUUGCAUAUUUAUAAUGCACUAAGUAUGAUAAUUGAGAUUUUUAAAAUAUCACUUGUAUGGGGUUACAGGAUUUAUAAUUCGUCAAUUUUUGUGUAUAAAAGUAAGACAAGAUGUAUGAUUUUUUCAUUAUAUAAAAAAAAAUAUUUUCUGUCAAAUACAAUGAGUGUUGCAUCUAAUUCUAAACAAGAAAACGAAUUGAAAGAAACUCCAAUUGAAGUAAUAUUUAAUAACUAAUAUAACUUAGACAAAAUUUACAUGGUCAACAAAGACUAUAGAAAAACUGAAAGAGCUUCAUGUUUUACAAUAAGGGAACUGGAAAUCAAUUAGUACAUUGCUAAAUGGUCCAACACCUUUAGAGUGUAUGUACAAAUGGCAAUAACUUCAUCCAGAUUAAGUAAUAAAAUUCUAUAUAACAAAGGGACCUUCUAGAUAACUAUGGUCAUAAGAAGAAGAUGAAUAAUUGAAAGAAUUAGUGCAAAAAUUUGGUAAAAAAUGGAGUAAGAUCUGUACAGUAAUGAAUUGGAGAACAGGGAAAUAAGUUAGAGAACGUUAUUUAAACUAAUUACAAGGAACAAUUAAUUAAGAAAAAUGGACAGAAGAAGAAGAUAAAUUGAUAUUAAAAUUAUAUAAGAAGUUUGGAACAAAAUGGAGCUAUAUUUCAAGUUUUUUAAAUGGAAGACCUGUAAUUUUUAUUUAUAUAUAAAUAGGAAAAUAUGGUUAAAAAUCGAUUCUAUGCAAACUUGAAAAGAAGAUAUUAAUGUGACUUAGGAGAUUCGGAUGAUGAAGAUUUUGAAGAAGAAUCUCUUAAUUCUUCAGAUGAAAAUAAAAGCAAGACUUAAAGAAAAAGAAAACCUCAAAAGAGUUUAAAAGAACUAUAAAAAAUUAAAAAAGUUUAGAUUUAAGAAGAAAACAUAGAAAAUUUCAAAAGAAUAACGAGAUCAAAAAAACAAAAACAAAAUGAUGAUAGUUUAAAAUAAGAUAGUCCUAAUGAGGAUUAACAUAAUGAAAAUAAUUCAGGUACUUAUUGUCUUUAAUUUAUCUUAGGAUUGUAAAAUAUUGUAAGUUCAUCAAGUUAUAGUACUCCUUAAGCAAAUUAAAUAAAUAUUAAGGAAGAAAAUUAAUUAAAAUGUGAUAAUUUUAAUAAUAUUUCUCCCAUUAUUUAAUAAGCCAUUCCAUAGAUCAAUAUAAUUCCUAACUCUAUGAACCCACUUAUUUUCAAUACUUAAUUGAUUUCGUAGUAAUAAAAUGCUAUCAUUUAUCCAUAAAGUAAUUUAUAAAACAUUUCAGAUAAAUUAACUACAUUAUAAUAAUUUAAAUAGCCUUCAUUUGACAGAUUGCAAAUGUCAUAUCCAAUUAAUUAAUUCCCAAGAAUUAAUUAUGUUAAUCCUUUUUUAGAAAUUCUGUAAUAAUAGUAAUUGAUGAAUAUUUAAAUUCCAAUCUAAUCUUAAUUUUUAGGUCAGAUUGAUCCAAUUACAUAAUGGACAGAAUUAUAUAAAAAUUAUAACAAUCAGACAUUGUCAUAAAAAUUGUAACCAUGA